AUGAAGAUCCAGAACAUCGGGGAAGAGUCCAUCCACAACAUAUGCAGCAGCCAAGUGAUAUUCACUCUGAGCAGUGUAGUAAAGGAGCUAGUGGAAAACAGCAUAGACGCAAAUGCAACAGAAAUAAAAAUAAAGCUAGUCGAAAAUGGGAUAAAAUUAAUACAAGUUAAUGACAAUGGAGCAGGAAUUAAAAAGUCCAAUUUCGAAAAUGUGUGUGCCAGACAUGCCACAUCAAAAAUUACAGAAUUUGAAGAUAUACACAGUUCGUUAAAUACAUUAGGGUUCAGAGGGGAAGCAUUAAAUUCAUUGUGUAUGUUAAGCGACCUACACAUAAUAACAAAGCAUGAUGAAGGUAGCCAUGGGUACUUGCUAAAAUUUGACAACCUUGGAAGACUAAGUCAUGAAGAACCAACUGCACGAUUGAGAGGAACUACAGUAAGUUGUGAAAAUAUUUUUAAAAAUAUUCCUAUACGGAAAAAAGACUUUAUAAAAAAUAUAAAAUCGCAGCUCUCCGAUUUGCUUCUCCUCAUGCAACAGUACGCAAUUAUUUAUUCUCAUGUAAAAUUUUCGAUUCAAAAUGUCGUUACGGUGAAGGGGAACGUGAAGAAUAUGAAUAUGCUAUUAACUAACGGCGGGAAGGAAACUAUUAAAAACAGUGUACAUACUAUAUAUGGGAAAAGGAACAUUGGUAAUCUGAUCGAUUUCAAUAUAGACUCAGAAGAAUGGAAGCUCAGGGCAUACAUAAGUGACAGCAACAGUGGCAGGAGAGAUAGGGAUAUCCAAUUUUAUUACAUUAACAGUAGACCAAUACACGUGAUAAAAAAUGUAAAUAAAAUUAUCAACUCCAUUUAUAAAGAAUUUAAUAGUAGGUUGUACCCCAUCAUCAUUUGCAACAUUCUUUCCGACGCAAAAAAUUUUGACAUUAAUGUUACUCCAGAUAAGAGAGAAGUUUUUUUUAUUUACGAAAAUGAAUUGUGUGAGAGAAUCAAGACGUCCUUGGUUAGGUUGCUUACUCCGAAGACUAGCCAGCUCGUCGAUACGCAUAUCGGUGAUUAUUUUUUGAAGGCCAAUAAUAUACAGCUCCCCAUGUUGGGGGGUUCUUUACAUGAGACAGGAAUGCUGGAGCGACCCGAAAAAAGUGCUACCAUUGUAGAGGGGGUAUAUUCAGCAGGCGACCCGAUUCAAAUUGGUGAAGACGGGAAAAAGGCAGCAACACCUCCGUCCAUGGAGGGUUCUUCCAUUGGGGGAAGCUUCUCAGAGAGGACAAGAGACAGUAGUGGGGGAGUCAAGGAGGAGCUGCCGAUGGCACAGCAGGGUCUCCCAAGUGGAAGGGACGGAGGUGGUCAGGUGGGACAAGGUGAUCAUAACCAUGCGAAUGUGUGGCCGGAGCAAGCAUACGACGAUGACGAAGCGGUCGGGAUAGGGAGCUUCACAAAAAGUUCUGAACCCCAGGUGUGUGUGCGAGUGAAGGAGGAGCACCCGGAGGAAGAGCGCACCCCCCCCGUUGACUCGAGUGAACAAUUUUUUACCACUCCUGGCGCUAAUGGGGAGAGUAGGUCUUCCGAGCAAGUGGACCUCCCAAGCAGUUAUCAUCGUGCUGGGCGGAUACGGCAGGGCUGGCAGGUCGAAGGGUUCGUUUCGAAAAAAGACAAUCAGGGGGACUCUCAAGUGGAGGAGGCACCGAGGGUGCAAGCGUACGAGUACCAGCUGGGGGACGGCUCUACGGAUGAUGGGUGCGACCUGGAAGAUCACCACAGUGUACAUGCGUUCGAGUAUAAAUUGGAUGAUUCUCCGAAGUUGUGUGUGCAAGAGUAUCAGCUGGAGGAUUCGCCAAAAUUAUGCGUUCAAGAGUAUCAGCUGGAGGAUUCGCCAAAAUUAUGCGUUCAAGAAUACCAGCUGGAAGAUUCUCCCAAGUUAUGCGUGCAAGAAUACCAGCUGGAAGAUUCUCCCAAGUUAUUCGUGCAAGAGUACCAGCUGAAACAUUCACCCAAGUUAUGCGUUCAAGAGUACCAGCUGCAGGACCCACCUAAGGCUGAGUCGCAUGAGAGUAAAGUGCAGGAGAAGGGCAAUAGCCCCCACUACGACGUAAUCAACAGGGGUAACGACGAACGCGGUGAGGGAGAACUCAAGGCACAAAGCCAACAUGAAGGAGGAAGCCACAAGCCCAUUGGAGAUUCACCCGACCCCCCCGAAUACACCUUCGAAGAAUUAAAAGAAAAUAUAAAAAGUAGCUGCAUCAAAAGUAUCCCCAUAGACAUCAACAUGUAUAUCAACAGGGAACAAAUGAAGAGCGGGUUCGAUUAUGAUCAGAUCCAUGUCGUGAAUUUAACAAAUAAUGAAAAAAUUAAAAACAUAAUUUUUCCACAGGGGAAAGAACAAGAGAAGGCGAACAACUACCUGUGUCUAACUGAUAAGAAGAAUAUCAAUGAGUACGCAGAUUUAUUUAAUGGCAGCUUGAACAUUAAAGAGGCAGCCGAGAUGGAAAGUCAGGGGAGAAGCGCCUCUGCAGAAGACAUCAGCUUCAGCAACAUUGAUGAAAGGCAAAAGGAUUUAUAUUUUAAGUCCAACUUAUUUGAGAAACUCAGAAUUUGCGGACAAUUCAAUAAAGGGUUUGUCAUUUCGAAAAUUGAUUUAUUGUACUUUCAACAGGCUCGUGGAGGAAAUGUAGUAGGCCCUGUAGGGUCUGGAGGUGGGGAUGAAGCCGAACCCCAAGGGAACAACAGCAGCUACGCCCUGUUCAUUAUAGACCAACAUGCUGCAGACGAAAAAUCUAAUUUCGAAAAAUAUAAUAAAAUAUUCACCAUGAAGUCUCAGAGGCUGAUUAGCAAAAUCGGUUUGGAGUUGAGUCCUGCGCAAAUUUAUAUCAUUGAAAAGAACUUGGAGAUAUUUUUGCACAAUGGGUUUGACUUGGAAAUUGUGGAGGAGCCCGCUCAGAAGAGGAGACGGCUGGAAGAGGGGCAUUCGACGGGCGCGGCGGGUGCGGCGGACUCGAUUAACGCGACGGAUGCAAUGGAUCAGAACGAUGCGGAGGAAGGUGCCCUGAUGGAGGUGAAGGUCUACUUGCUGUCUCUCCCCGUGUUCAACGGGAAAAUCCUCGAGGUCGAAGAUUUUAUGUCUCUUUUGCACCACUUGACAGAGCACCCGAUAACCUACGACAAGGCCAAUUUCCAAAUGUUCGUACGGAACAAGAACCAACCUAAUAAGCAGACGGACACCUGGUUUAACUACAACUUCCCUCGCCCCCAGAAGGUGUGGCGGAUCCUGGCCUCGAAGGCCUGCAGAAACGCUAUUAUGGUAGGGAAAACCCUGAAUGUGGCCGAAAUGAUCAAAAUUAAAAAAAAACUUAGUGUGUUGAAGAACCCGUGGAAUUGCCCCCACGGCAGGCCGACCAUCAAAUACAUCAUAAACGACAUGGACAUAAAAAGUUGCUUCGAAAAUUACUACGUAAAGCUGUACGACGAAAUUACAAAUCUGGUUGUUACAAAGAAUUACGAUGCGUACAAGUACCUCUUCCACAACCACGCCUUCUUUUUGAUUAUGUCUACCAAGCCGCUGCUGGGCCCGCUCCUCAAGUUUCAGUGA